AUGCGCGAGGACGGCAACUUCGCGCUCAAUUGGCGAGAAUGGAAAUCAUCGUUCGAUUAUUAUCUUAGUGCGUUGGGAAAGGACACCGCUCCCGCUAAGGAGAAAUGUGCAUUAUUUCUUCAUGUUAUUGGGAGAUAUGGACGUGAAAUUUUUGAAGAACUAGAUUUGAGUGAGAUUUUGAAGGUAGAUUACGAAAAGCGGAGAGGUGCGGGCGCCGAUCAGGCUGCGCUGGCGCCGACGUCCGCCGAUCCGGCGCUGGAUGAGUUAGGAGCGGGAGCGCGAGGCCGCGGUCGGUACACCGCGCGCCGCCUGCCGCAGCGAUAUCAACCACGACCGCAGCGAGCAUACAAGUUGGAUUACGGUGAUGGAAGUGCUUAUGCGUGUGAUAAGUGCGGCCACAGACAUGGAAGUGAUAAUAAAUGUUCGGCACGUAAUUUGAAGUGCUUUAGCUGUGAUCGAGUAGGUCAUUACGCUAAAUUGUGCAAAGCGAAAAUUGUUAGUGAAGUCAACCACGAUGAAGAGGAUGAAAGUAUGUCGGCCGAUAUUGAAGACGCUGUGGCCCGCUGCGAACCAUGCCAGCGCCACCGCACCGCCGCGCGCCGCGAGCCGCUUGCACCGCACCCUGUGCCCGAGCUGCCAUGGGAAAUAUUGGCGGCUGACAUUUUUGAAUUCCACAAGAAACAUUACUUAUUAAUAGUAGAUUAUUAUUCAAACACAACUGUUAAUGGGAAGACCGCUCAAAACGAGGCUUCCUGCGUCACAACAGGUGCUUGCUCCGCGAGCCGUGCUUCCACA